AUACCGUGUAGCUUAUUCGUAGUCUGUUCUGGAAAGUACUUUCUGUAAGAGAAGGUGAAAAUUGAGGGGGUAUUGAAAAUAAUUUGUUUUGAUUUAACGAAUGUUAAGUAACUUCUGUUUCUUUCCUCUUUACUUGAUAGACAAGUCCAUGAGAUCCAGUCUCACAUGGGGCGUCUGGAGACAUCAGACAAACAAUCAGUGCACUUAGUAGAAAAUGAGAUACAGGCAAGAAUAGACAGUAUCUUCAGCAACUUGGAACGUCUGGAAAUCCUGUCCAGCAAAGAACCUCCCAAUAAGCGACAGAAUGCUAAACUCCGAGUUGACCAGCUCAAGUAUGAUGUGCAGCACCUGCAGACAGCCCUGAGAAACUUCCAGCACCGCCGCUACAUCCGAGAGCAGCAGGAGCGGCAGCGGGAAGAGCUGCUGGCACGGACAUUCACUACUAAUGACUCUGACACCACCAUCCCGAUCGACGAAACUCUGCAGUUUAAUGAAUCCCUGCAGAGUGCCCAUCGUGGCAUGGAUGAUCUUAUUGGCAGUGGGACCAACAUCCUGCAGGGCCUGAGGGACCAGAGAGUGACACUAAAGGGUACUCACAAGAAGAUCCUGGACGUUGCCAACAUGCUGGGCUUAUCCAAUACCGUGAUGCGGCUCAUUGAGAAGCGAGCCUUUCAAGAUAAAUACUUCAUGAUUGGGGGAAUGAUUUUGACUUGUGUAAUUAUGUUUCUUGUGGUGCAGUAUCUGACAUGAGCUGCUGAACUGUUGCCAGAGGAGAUCAUCUUUUGGAGCAAAAUGGACUGCCCUCCAAAACGUGCUGCCUGUCUUCCUCUGAGCGCCGCUUUCGAUGAGCCCUUUCUG